CCCAAAGAUCUCUGCCGCCGCCGUAAAUGCGGCCGGAUCUACUUUUUUCCUCCCCGAAUCUUUCCUCUCUCCCUCUCCUCCCCUUCCGGCAAAAGAUCUCCAUCGAUACGCUACCUCUCUUCUUCCUCAAUAUUCUAUCCAUUCCCCCCGCCACACCGUCACCACCAUCACCUCCAUAAAAUCUACGGCAGCAGAAGAAGCAUAAGCAGGCGCGAAAGCCAAUGAUUAAACUGUGAAAUCUCCAUGCACGUCCCCGUAUCUCUCUCCCAUCUCCCUCGGUUCCACUGCGCCAAUCCCCUCCCUCCUCCCUCUGCCGCAACAUCAUGCGUACGAUAUCCCAAUAGAUUCGGCCAUGACGCCACCGCCGUGAUCUGAUUCGCCUCGUUGCCGCUGGCUGAUGAGAUCAACCAGUCAAAGGCGUGGACUUUCUACCCCAGUCCGAUCCUAUAAGUAAGACAGACAGGAUCCUGCCGAGAUCGUAUCGCAUUGAGUUCGCCUUGGGAUUCUCUGCGCUCUGCUUCCCCUUCGGCUUUGGCACGUCUUCUGCCACUUUUGUUUCUCUCUGUAUAUAAAGAGGCGUCGCGGUGUGCUCUUCUACGACAGCGACAAUGGCGUCGUCGAGGGGAGGAGACGGGGAGCGCCAAAUCCAUGUGCUGGCCGUCGACGACAGCUCCGUCGACCGCGCCAUGAUCGCCAAGCUCCUCCGCAGCUCCAAGUACAAGGUGACGGCUGUAGACAGCGGGAAGAAGGCGCUGGAGCUGUUGGGGCUGGAGCCGAAUGUCAACAUGAUCAUCACAGAUUACUGGAUGCCGGAGAUGACUGGAUUUGAGCUUCUCAAGAUUGUCAAGGAGUCCUCUGAGCUAAGGCAAAUCCCUGUGGUCAUAAUGUCAUCUGAGAACGUUCCUAGCAGAAUCAACAGGUGUUUGGAGGAAGGAGCAGAGGAUUUCCUGCUGAAGCCUGUGAGGCCUUCAGACGUGUCUCGGUUGUGCAGUAGAAUGAGAUAGGAAUCGAGUUCCUGAGGAAGGAGAGAUCUUAAUUUUCUGACUUUUUUGUGUGAUUAUUUGUUUGUUUUGGUGUUCAUUUUGGAGUGUGGGGAGAACAGAGUGGAGGAUAAAGAGGAAAAGAAAGCUUUGUGUUCCUUGAAGCCUCUAUGUCUCUUCUGUGAACUUGUGCAGUUGUUAUUCGAGUUAAAUUGUUCAGAAAUUUCU